AUGAACAUCUUGCAAGUCCUGGGUCUCCUGCAGCUGCUGGCUGUACCUGCUUUCACUCUGACACGGCCAACCCAUGACAACUGGGGAGAGUUUGGAGCCUGUGGGCCCUGCAGCCGCACCUGUGGCACGGGAGUGGCAAUGAGAACCAGGAAAUGUAUCACUUCGAGGACAGAUGGAGGACAUAACUGCAUCGGCUCCUCUAAGUCCUUCCGGACCUGUAAUACACAAGAAUGUCCAGUUGGAUCCCGGGACUUCAGGGAGGAGCAGUGCUCCCAGUUUGACAGAACGGACUUUCAGAGCAAAAGUCGCACAUGGGUGCCUUUUUAUGGAGCAUCCAAUACAUGUGAAUUGAGCUGUGUCCCAAGAGGAGAGAACUUCUUCUACAGACACAGACCUGCAGUGGUGGAUGGGACACCAUGCUAUGUGGGCCGCACUGACAUCUGUGUGGACGGCAUCUGCAGGAUACUGGUCCAUGGAGAUUUUAUGGGCUUGGAUGAAGACGCUAAUUCCAUACACUCUGCUGCUGUCGUUGCUGUUGCUCCUUAUCCACGGGAGACACUCACAUACAUCUACAAAACCGGUGUCUAUGGCCAGUGCUCUGCCUCCUGCGAUGGAGGCAUGCAGUAUCGCAGCUUGGAGUGUUGGGUUCAGGACCCAGCGAACCCCCAUGUGGUGGAAGAGUCUCACUGCAUCACCCAGCGCCUGCAGAGGCCACACAGCCAGCAGGCCUGCAACAUGAAUCCAUGUGCUGCUGAGUACAGUGUCUCCAGCUUCAGUGUGUGCUCGGUGACUUGUGGGGAAGGCCAGCAGACGAGGGAGGUGAACUGUGUGGGGUCGAGAGGUGAACGUGUGGCUGACCAUGCCUGUAGUGGACUGGCAAGACCCCCUUCUGUCCAGGCCUGCCGCAGACCUGCCUGUUACACACACAUCACCUGGCAUGUGACUGACUACGGACUGUGCACCAGGAGCUGCAGUGGUGGUGUGAGGGAGAGGAGAGUGGGCUGUUUUGCUACGGAUUUGAACCCCUACCCAGAGGCCCAGUGUGGAACAGCUACCAAACCUCUCUCUGUGGAAACAUGCAACUCACAGCCCUGUCCCAGGGCACAAAUGGUCCCAAGUUUACAGGACCCAAGGGCACAUGAGAGCACCAUGAGAGGAUUUGUUCCCCAUGUUCCAGAAGACCCUUCAGCUUCCAGGCCACAGACAAACAUUGCCUACCCUCCUGUGAUUGGUCCUUACUGUGCACAGUCGUUAUAUGGCUGCUGUCCCGAUGGGCACACCUCUGCCACGGGGCCAAGGAACGUGGGCUGCUCCCAAGACGACUGUAUUCGCACUAGGUACGGCUGUUGUUUGGAUGGGGUGACUCCAGCACAAGGAUUUGGAAGGGCUGGAUGUCCCGAGUAUCUGACAGCUGUGCAACACACACCACCUUCUGCCCCUCAACCCUCUGGUAAUGUGUGCUCCAUGCCUCGUGAUGAGGGCCCCUGCGAUACUUGGGAGGUCCGCUUCUACUUUGACUCUGGCACAGGCAAAUGUACUGCGUUCUGGUAUGGAAGCUGCCAGGGCAAUGCUAAUAACUUUGUGACCCUGGAAGCAUGCCAGAGAGAGUGUGGGGAUGUGGUGAUGACGGAGCCCCCACCUGCAUCUCGCAGAGGGACCCCAAGGAGAGGGGCACAAAGCGGUGCUUUGAAGGCAAGGGCAUGA